GCGCCUCACGUGGCAGAGCGACGACCUGUGCGCCCACGGCCCCAUUUUGGAGUGCUUCACGCGCUUCACCAGCCUGCGCUCCCUGGCCCUCGGCUGCACGCGCCGCACCAUGGAGCUCACAGUGGGCCGCGACUUCGGGGCGGCGUUCAGGGAGGCCUGCCCCUACCUCGACCUCGCCUUCAUAAACGCCUGA